AUGGGCGACCGUAACUCCUCAGAUAUCAUGAGGCCCUCGGCGGCAUUCUUUUGCCCACAAAACAAACCACCGAAACCAAGUUACCUAGACCUCAUACGUCGCUACCUACGUAAUAAUGCUACUCUUCAGCCAUUCCGAGCGGCUAUACUUGACUCACUCUUCACAACAUGGAAGAUUCUCGGAGAAGCCAACCCGGGAAUUGCAGCAUUGACACAAGGGCCUCGAUAUAUACAACAUUUCCACGACUGGAUAGCAGCGACAGAGUCGCCCCUAACAUCAAAUGAGCUGCAAUGGACUGAAAUAAUGUCCGGAAUUAUCUCCCUACCCCUCUUAACCGUCAUGCAAAUUGUCCAAUACUUUCAAUAUUUGGAAACUCGACAGAUCAACCAUGAACAGUUUGUUCAAGAGAUUAGGAUAGGCGGGGCCCAAGGCUACUGUGGUGGAUUGUUGCCUGCAGCAGCAAUAGCAGCUUCACGAAACGAAGAAGAAGUGGUCAAGAACGCAUGCAUUGCACUAAGACUGGCUCUUGCAAUAGGUGCCUACGGGGAAUUGGGGGAUGAUGAGAAUAUUACUGGUCCAACAACGGUGGUAUUGCGAACGAAGUAUUCAGAGCAGGCAGAGGAGAUUGUGUCCAGGUUCCCAGGAACGUAUGUAUCCGCAAUAACAGACCCAGAGACAAUAAGCAUCGUUGGGCCUGUCAACGUUGUAGAAGAACUUCGAGUCUAUGCCGAAGGUCAAGGCAUUAAAUCCACGAAGUUGCAUUUGAGAGGCAAAGUUCACAAUCCUGAGAAUGAGGAUUUGUGUAAAGAGCUCAGUAGCUUAUGCCAGAAGCACGCCGAUCUUUUAAUGCUUCCUACCACAGCUUCCUUACAAUGCUCGUUACGAUCAAACAAGACUGGAAAGGAAUUGAGUAACGGAGAUGUAACCGCCUUUCUAUCAGAAGAGGUGCAGGAAAGUACUCUGGCAAGCAAAUGUGAAUGGUAUAACCUUCUCAAUGGAAUAGCAGAGGAUCUCGACAAGGCCAGCAAAACGGAAAAGGAGCACACAUUCGCACUUUUCGGUACUGGAAGAAAGAACUGUGUGCCUACUACGCCAUUUGAAGAGAAGAACAUCCGUAUUUCAAAACUGGACGUGAUGAUAUAUGUCGAGAAACUGGAAAUCCCAAGGGAUGGACGGACACUAAACCAAUAUCCCGAAAAUGCCAUUGCUAUAGUCGGCGCUGGCUGCCGAUUACCAGGCGCCAAUUCCAUCGACGAGCUAUGGGAAAUCCUCAGUUCUGGGGCUUCUCGAGUUGAAAAAUUGCGCGCGUCACGAUUCGACCUCUCAACGAUAUCCCGUGGUACAGUCGGACCAGAUGCAAAAGAGGUAAAUAAGCACGAACUUUACGGCAACUUUAUCGAUGACGUUGAAUCUUUUGAUAGCAACUUCUUUGGGAUCAGUCCUCGUGAAGCAAUGUAUAUGGAUCCGCAGCAACGUCUCCUGCUCGAGACUGCGUACGAGGCGUUAGAUGGCAGUGGAUACUUGCGAAAUCACCGACGUGAGGACUUUGACAACGUUGGUUGCUUCAUUGGCGCAAGCUAUACUGAAUACCUUGAAAACACCAGUUCUUAUAAUCCCACCGCAUACACCGCUACCGGAACCAUUCGGGCAUUCCAGAGCGGGCGGAUUAGUUAUCACUUUGGUUGGAGUGGUCCAUCUGAAGUGAUCGAUACAGCUUGCUCUGCAUCUCUUGUUGCCGUGAAUCGGGCAUGCAAGGCUAUUCAGUCAGGAGAAUGCCCGAUGGCUCUAGCUGGUGGGGUGAAUAUCAUUACCGGCGUUAACAACUAUUUCGACCUGGGAAAAGCGGGCUUCUUGAGCGCUACGGGCCAAUGCAAGCCAUUUGACGAAGCCGCAGACGGUUAUUGCCGUGCCGAUGGGGUCGGCCUGGUCGCACUGAAAUCGUUACGCCAGGCUAUGGCCGACGAAAAUGAUGUUCUAGGUGUCAUUAUGGGAGUUGGGACGAACCAAGGUGGCCUCUCCCCAGCAAUCACCGUCCCCUACUACCGUGCUCAAAUCCGGUUAUUCAAGAAUGUUCUUCAGCAAUCCGGUCUCAAAUCUGAACAAAUUUCCUACAUUGAAGCGCAUGGUACUGGCACCCAAGUUGGUGAUCCCAUAGAAAUCUCCAGUGUUCGUGAAGUCUUUGGGAAUCCCGAGAGGACUGAGUUCGUCAACCUUGGGUCAUUAAAAGCAAAUGUCGGACACAGUGAGACGGCUGCUGGAAUCGGUAGUCUGAUGAAAGUUCUCGCGAUGCUUAAGAAUGGGAAGAUUCCUCCGUUGGCAGGGUUCAAGUCAUUGAACCCAAAAAUUCCUGCUCUCGAGCCAGAUUACCUUUGCAUACCAACGGAACUUCAGGAUUGGGAUGUUUCGUUCAGGGUUGCAUGUGUUAACAGUUACGGAGCCGCGGGUAGCAACUCGGCGUUAAUAUGUGGCGAGGCUCCAAAAGUAGCAUCCAUGUCCAGUGUUUCGUCCACGGAUCAAAAGGUGCUUGAAGUUAGUCAUUUGCAGUACCCAAUACUCCUGAGUGGUGCAAAUAAUCCUAGUCUGAAGGCAAACGCUGCUAAGUUAGCAUCUUACAUUCGCAGCUAUAGCAAUGCGGCGCAACUGAGCAUUUCAGAUAUUGCUUUCACAUUGUACCAUCGCCGUAAACAUCACAAAGUGCAAUGGACUGGCCUUGCACAUGACCUGGAAUCACUUUGUCAGUCAUUAGACAAGAUCGAGCAAGGCAUCGAAGUGCCUGUCUCUCCCAAAGCCGUGGUCCUGGCUUUCUCGGGCCAGAGCAAGCAAACCAUUGGCCUGAACCCUUCGUGGUAUGUCAGUUUCCCACGUCUGCGGUAUUACAUCGACCUGUGCAACGACACCAUCAUGCGAUUGGGAUACUCUGCGAUUUUUCCUGCAGUCUUUGCUACCGAUCCCGUCGAAGAUGUGGUUGCACUACAGUGUGGAACUUUCGCAGUACAAUAUGCAUGUGCCAAAUGCUGGAUUGACGCGAAACUGGAUGUUAAGGCGGCCGUCGGCCACAGUUUUGGUGAACUAACAGCAAUGGCUGUUACUGGAGUUUUAUCUUUAGAGGAUGCUCUAAAUUUAGUCGCCACGCGAGCAUCUCUGAUGCAGAGGAAAUGGGGCGCAGAACGAGGGACUAUGCUCGCCGUUGAGGCAAACUUGGACACAACACGUCAGAUUAUUUCUGCUGUAAGCGAGAGCAUUGAGAUUGCCUGUUACAACGGUCAGAAGAGUCACGUACUUGUUGGAACAGAAACGGACAUUGGCCAAGUGGAACGCUUCGUUGCUACUGACAACAAGUACAAGGGAACCCGUUGUACACGCGUCAAGACGAGUCAUGGCUUCCAUUCUGUCUUUACUGAACCUCUUCUACAGGAUCUUGAUGAAGUAGCGCAAAGACUUCGAUUUGAAGGACCUUCCUUUCCACUGGAGUCGUGCAUAGAAAAGCCGAUUUGUGAGGGUGAUCAAUUGAUACAACCCAGCCGGAUCGUUCAGCAUACCCGCACGCCGGUGUACUUUGGCGCUGCGGUGUCAAGACUGGAGGAACGUCUUGGUUCAUGUAUAUGGCUUGAGGCAGGUAGCGACUCACCGAUUAUUCCUAUGAUAAGGAGGGCUACACAAGACCCAUCUAAGCACACUUUCCUUGGGCUUAGAACUAAAGACUUUGCUCGUCCAAUUGAUGUCAUCUCACAGGCAAGCAUGACUCUUUGGCAGGAAGGAAUAUCAGCGUCUUGCUUUGAAGGAUUCUACUCUUCCAUGUCAGAAGGGAUUACACUUGAUAUAUUCAAACACAUUUGGCUUCCUCCGUAUCAAUUCCAACGUACUCGGCAUUGGCUGCAGUACAUGGAUGCAGUGACGGAAGAGCGCAGGGCAUUCGAUGAAAAGCUUCAUUCCAUUAGUCGAGUGGGAAGUUUGACCAAUCAAACACCAAUGCCUUCCCAGAAGCUAGUCACAGCUCGGAGUCGGGACUCCACAUCUUGGUCGUCACUUGAAUUUGUCAUCCAUAGUGAAACUAGUCGAUUCACGGAUAUCGUAUCUGCCCAUGCAGUUCGUGACCAACCUCUUUGUCCGGCGUCAAUGUACAUGGAAUGUGUAGUCAUGGCGGCACAGAUGGCUGAGCCCAGCAUUUCAGUAAAAUCCCUUUCCUUCCAAAACCUUUCGUUCCAGGGUGCACUAGGUAUCAACUACAACCGAGAUGUGUCUCUACUGUUGGAGGGCGAUGGCGAAUACCUUGCCUGGAAUUUUACAGUUGGUAGUACAGUCAAGGACAGCAAGGGAAGACUGACCACCCAUGCAAAGGGCAAAUUUAGUGUCACCUCUCAUAUUGAUUUCCAGGUCUAUGAGCGAAUGCUCGCAGAUCGGAUGAACGAAAUUCUCGUUCAUCCCCAGUCAGAGAGACUCAUGGCCGGCCGAGCAUACACUCUAUUUUCUCGGGUGGUUAACUACGCAGAAACAUUGCGUGGUAUCUCGGAAAUCACGAUUCUGAACAACCGCCAUGCAGUGGCUGAGGUGUGCCGCCCGAAGGUGUCUGUAAGUUCAAGCGAGAGUACAGCUGUGAGUGUUUGUGACACAGUCACAUUGGAUACAUUUAUUCAAGUUGUCGGGCUUUUGAUCAACAGCAGUGAAACUUGUCCUGUCGAUGAAGUAUUCAUUGCCACUGGGAUUGACAAUAUCAUUAUGCAAGACUGUGAUUUCACCAACCUGCAACACGACACAUGGAAAGUCUAUGCCAUGGCCACCACACGCAGUGAAUCACAUGUUGCUGGCGACAUGUUCGUUUUUACCAAGGACGGGAAACUGAUUUUCACGGGUUCGGGCGUUCAAUUCAGUCGUUUUCCGAUCUCGAAACUCGAGAAGGUAUUAGAAGGGAUCGGAAUGAACAAUGGGUCGAAGUCACCAAUUAGUAACAAUAACAUUGGAAGGGGACUCCCCUCACCACCAGCCUCUCCUGUUCAUGUUCACAUGAACGAGGAUUUUAAAACCAUCAAAGAUAGACAUGGUCUGAGAGUCAGCACAACCGUGGACACUGAUGAGCAGACUUUGGUGGGGCAGUAUAGUGUUUCAAGGCGACCGUCUGCUUUGAAGUCAGCCAUGGUCAAAAAUGAUAGUAGAUUUGGCACUCUUGGCUUGGAUUCAAUGUCGAAGCUCGAAUUUGUGAACCAACUACGUGCCCAACUAGGCGACGAGAUAUCUCCGACACAGGACCUUUCCCAGGUUGCAGACCUUUACAACAAACUAUUUGCACACAAUUCAACGACCAAUACUAAAUCUGUGCAUAUUGAUCAUGUCCAUGAAAUCGAACUUGAUGUUCCACUGUCUCCUACAGCGGUGAAUUCUCCUGCCACCGCAGGAGAUUCUCAGUCCAAACUUAGAAUCAGACAACGAAUCCUUGAACUGAUUACAGAGAACUCUGGGGAGUCUGUAACUAAUAUCAAAGAUGAGGUGAGCUUACAGGAUAUUGGGAUUGACUCGCUAUCUGUCAUUGAACUUAAGGAGUCCUUUGAAGAUGUGUUUGGGCUUCAGUUUGGUGACUGGGAUUUUGGGUUACACCUGACAGUUAGAGAGCUACUCGAUUAUGUCGUGGUAUCUGGAAAUGUGUAGUUGCAUUAUUUC